CGAAAUGAAAUCUGGAUUAGAUCCGCCUCGUAUGUAAAUUGUCGGACACGACAAGGAUGAGCUCGUUAACCUAACCAAACCAAGGAAGUUUCGUUUUUUCACAUCAUCGUACGUACUCUUCUACCACUUCACCCGUACUUUGCUAACAACAAAAGACAAGAACAAUAAUAAUUCAUAUUCACCUUCACCUUCUUUUCCCAUCAAUUUCUUCAUCAACAACAACAAUGGAGUCGAAUGAGACCCCAGAAAGGAACAACACCCUUGUUGUAAGGAAACCAUGUUUUGGUCUCCCAACCGGUUGUCCUCAAUGUUUGUCUGCUUACAUCUUUCUCAAACUCUCUCAGCUUCCAUUCCACUUGGAUUAUCAUCUUAACUACCCUGAUUCUGAUCAAAUUCCUUACUUUGAGGCUGGUGAUUCUGCGACAUAUAAUAAUGAAAAGGAAGGGAUCAUUGAGUGCUUGAAAAGGGAUGUAGGUGAUUUAGAUACUGGUGUAUCUUCACUCCCUGAAUGGAUACCAACCAAGGUGAUGCUCACAACUUGGCUUGCUGAUGCACUUGAGUACGAACUUUGGGUGGGAAGUGACCCUUCAUCUGCUUAUAGCAUCUAUUAUUCUGAUCUUCCAUGGCCUAUAGGAAAGGUCUUGUUUUGGAAGAAAGCUCGCUGGGUGAAGCAGAAACAUGAGAUAAGUAAUGACAAUGCUGACGUAAAAGAAGAAGAGAUUUAUCGAAAAGCAAACUCUGCAUAUGAUGCUUUGUCAACUUUGUUAGGGGAAGAAAGCUACUUACUUGAAAACAGGCCAUCAAGCUUGGAUGCAAUUUUUCUCGCACAUGCAUUAGUAGUUCUUCAAGCUUUUCCUGAAUCAUCAAUUUUGCGGGCCAAUUUUUUGAAACAUGCUAAUUUGGUGAAAUAUGUGCAACAACGUAAGGGAGAACUUAUAGAAGCUGCUGGUACAUCUCCGUCUAAUGUUCCAUAUGUCGGUGCCGAUGCAUCAUCAUCAACUUUCGGAGGUGGUUCAACUUCAAGUUCAAAGUUCAAGAGAAAGCCCAAAAAGGAGCAGCAAACGAAGGAGGACAAGAAAUAUAAAAGAAGAGCCAAGUAUUUUGUGGUAGCACAGCUAGUUGCAGUUGUUCUUUUUCUCAGUAUCAUGUCUGGAAUUAGUGAUGACGGUGAAGUCGAGUUAGAUGAUGGCGAUCUAGACUUUGGUUAUGAUGGAUGAAAAUGCAAGCCUAGGCUGAACUUAUUUUUUAUGAUUUACAUCCUUUUCUGUUGUAUCAUGAAAAUUUAGAUACAGGAAAAUUUCCAUUCAUAUCAAAUUUUGCUAUAACAGGAUCCAUUUUUUUAAUGAUUGAGUUGAUUUCAGGAGAUUGAUCAUCAGUGACAUUGCCUCAAGUGGUUGACAUGCUUUUUCACCUGAGAUGACCUAUGAAUCUAUUAGCUCUGUACAUGUAAAUUUUUGGGGUGAUUUUUUGUUAUCAUGUAUGAGCCCUUUUAUGAUAGAGAUAAGCAUGCUAAGAAUAAUUAAUUAUGCUGUUUCAACCCAUCUCUACUGUAUUGCUUUUGCUUCAUGUGCUAUAAUCAAACUUGUGUAUUAGUAUAUGA